CAUGUGUUUCCCGUAUAUACAGCUAAUAAAACUUGAAACUUGUGUAAUCUCCCGAGUGGCGCAGUGGUCUAAGGCACUGUCGUAGCCGGCCGCGACCGGGAGACCCAUGGGGCGGCGCACAAUUGGCCCAGCGUCGUCCAGGGUAGGGGAGGGAAUGGCUGGCAGGGAUGUAGCUCAGUUGGUAGAGCAUGGCGUUUGCAACGGCAGGGUUGUGGGUUUGAUUCCCACGGGGGGCAGAAUGAAAAGUAAAAAAAUAAUGUAUGCACUCACUAACUGUAAGUCGCUCUGGAUAAGAGCGUCUGCUAAAUGACUAAAAAAUGUAAAAUGUAAAUGUGUGGGUGUGUAUGUCUACAUUUGAAGUGACUUGCGUUAAAAGGGAUCGCUACGUACAGCUCCUGGGGCGAUCACUGAAAGUCCAACCCCUUAGCAGUGUGUUAGUUGGGGUGUAUUACCAACACAGUGAAGACUUCCAAGGCCUCCGGCAGGUUAGAGAGUUAGAGAGCCCAGCCCUGUUGUGCCUGUCUGGGCUGGUCCCUCCACCUUGGUGCUUACCUGAGGAAUUCUGCCUCUUCAGACUCUUUAUAUCUCCAUUUAUUCCAGGGCAAUAGCUCCACGCUCACACAAAGGGAAGGGUAUACAAACCUUAUCCCCUCUCCUCCACCCUCAUCUCUUUUGGCGAAAUAUAAUCAGUUGUCUAUGAGCCAAGGCUUUGGGUCUUUGGGUCUUUGUACCCUCCUUUUCUCCCAGCAGAACAUUUGGGUCGUGUCCCAAAUCUCACCCUAUUCCCUAUAUAGUGCACUACUCUUGACAUUCACACACAUCAAACACACAUUUGAACACUCAUCAUCUGCUGCUGCUCCUUUAUUAUGGUCUAUCCUGAUGCCUAGUCACUUUACCCUGCCUUCAUGUACAUAUCUACCUGAAAUACCUUAUUAUGAUCUAUCCUGAUGCCUAGUCACUUUACCCUGCCUUCAUGUACAUAUCUACCUGAAAUACCUUAUUAUUAUCUAUCCUGAUGCCUAGUCACUUUACCCUGCCUUCAUGUACAUAUCUACCUGAAAUACCUUAUUAUUAUCUAUCCUGAUGCCUAGUCACUUUACCCUGCCUUCAUGUACAUAUCUACCUCAAAUACCUUAUUAUUAUCUAUCCUGAUGCCUAGUCACUUUACCCUGCCUUCAUGUACAUAUCUACCUCAAAUACCUUAUUAUGAUCUAUCCUGAUGCCUAGUCACUUUACCCUGCCUUCAUGUACAUAUCUACCUCAAAUACCUUAUUAUUAUCUAUCCUGAUGCCUAGUCACUUUACCCUGCCUUCAUGUACAUAUCUACCUCAAAUACCUUAUUAUUAUCUAUCCUGAUGCCUAGUCACUUUACCCUGCCUUCAUGUACAUAUCUACCUCAAAUACCUUAUUAUGAUCUAUCCUGAUGCCUAGUCACUUUACCCUGCCUUCAUGUACAUAUCUACCUCAAAUACCUUAUUAUUAUCUAUCCUGACGCCUAGUCACUUUACCCUGCCUUCAUGUACAUAUCUACCUCAAAUACCUUAUUAUUAUCUAUCCUGACGCCUAGUCACUUUACCCUGCCUUCAUGUACAUAUCUACCUCAAAUACCUUAUUAUUAUCUAUCCUGAUGCCUAGUCACUUUACCCUGCCUUCAUGUACAUAUCUACCUCAAAUACCUUAUCAUUAUCUAUCCUGAUGCUUGAUAAAAAUGCAAAUCAAUUUAUAACAUUUUUGACAUGCAUUUUUUCUGGAUUUUUUUGUUGUUAUUCUGUCUCUCACUGUUCAAAUAAACCUACCAUUCAAAUUAUAGACUGAUCAUUUCUUUGUCAGUGGGCAAACGUACAAAAUCAUCAGGGGAUCAAAUACUUUUUUCCCUCAAUGUAUAUAUACAGCAAUAGCUAUAAAGGAUGGACUUGACUAGAAUACAGUAUAUAUACAUAUAAAAGGAGUAAAUCAGUAUGUAAACAUUAUUAAAGUGACCAGUGAUUCCAUUAUUAAAGUGGCCAGUGUUCCAUUAUUAAAGUGGCCAGUGUUCCAUUAUUAAAGUGGCCAGUGAUUCCAUUAUUAAAGUGGCCAGUGUUCCAUUAUUAAAGUGGCCAGUGAUUCCAUGUCUAUGUACGUAGGGCAGCAGCCUCUAAGGUGCAGGGAUGAGUAACUGGGUGGUAGCCAGCUAGUGACAGUGACUAAAGUUCAGGGCAGGGUACUGGGUGGAGGCCGGCUAGUGAUGGCUAUUUAACAGUCUUUUGGCCUUGAGAUAGAAGCUGUUUUUCAGUCACUCUGUCCCAGCUUUGAUGCACCUGUACUGCCCUCGCCUUCUGGAUUAUAGCAGGGGGGAUCAGGCCGUGGCUCGGGUGGCUGAGGUCCUUGAUGAUCUGCUUGUCCUUCCUGUGACACCGGGUGCUGUAGAUGUCCUGAAGGGCAGGCAGUGUGCCCCCGGUGAAUCGUUGGGCUGACCGCACCACCCUCUGGAGAGCCCUGUGGUUGUGGACGGUGCAGUUGCCGUACCAGGCGGUGAUACAGCCCGACAGGAUGCUCUCAAUGGUGCAUCUGUAAAGGUUUGUGAGGGUCUUAAGGGCCAAGCUGAAUUUCUUCAGCCUCCUGAGGUUGAAGAGGCUCUGUUGCGCCGCCUUCACCACACUGUCUGUGUGGGUGGACCAUUUCAGAUUGUCAGUGAUGUGUACGCCAAGGAACUUGAAGCUUUUCACCUUCUCCACUGCGGUCCCGUCGAUGUGGAUGGGGGCGUGCUCCCUCUGAUGCCUUCUGAAGUCCACCAUCAGCUCCUUAGUUUUGCUGACGUUGAGGGAGAGGUUAUUUUCCUGAUACCACUCCGGCAGGGCCCUCACCUCCUCCCUGUAGGCUGUCUCGUCGUUGUUGGGAAUCAGGCCUACCACUGUUGUGUCGCCUGCGAACUUGAUGAUUGAGUUGGAGGCGUGCUUGGCCACGCAGUCAUGGGUGAACAGGGAGUACAGGAGGGGGCUGAGCACGCACCCUUGUGGGGCCCCAGUGUUGAGGAUCAGCGUAGUGGAGGUGUUGUUUCCUACCUUCACCACCUGGGGGCGGCCCGUCAGGAAGUCCAGGACCCAGUUGCACAGGGCGGGGUUCAGACCCAGGGCCCAGAGCUUAAUGAUGAGCAUGGAGGGUACUAUGGUGUUGAAUGCUGAGCUAUAGUCAAUGAACAGCAUUCUUACAUAGGUAUUCCUCUUGUCCAGAUGGGAUAGGGCAGUGUGCAGUGUGAUGGCGAUUGCAUCGUCUGUGGAUCUAUUGGGGCGGUAAGCAAAUUGAAGUGGGUCUAGGGUAACAGGUAAGGUAGAGGUGAUAUGAUCCUUAACUAGUCUCUCAAAGCACUUCAUGAUGACAGAGGUGAGUGCUACGGGGCGAUAGUCAUUUAGUUCAGUUACCUUUGCUUUCUUGGGUACUGGAACAAUGGUGGCCAUCUUGAAGCAUGUGGGGACAGCACACUGGGAUAGGGAGAGGUUGAAUAUGUCCAUAAACACACCAGCCAGCUGGUCUGCGCAUUUUCUGAGGACGCGGCUAGGGAUGAUGUCUGGGCCGGCAGCCUUGCGAGGGUUAACAUGCUUAAAUGUCUUACUCACGUCGGCCAUGGAGAAUGAGAGCCCACAGUCCUCGGGAGCAGCCCGCGGCAGUGGCACUGUGUUAUCCUCAAAGCGGGUGAAGAAGGUGUUUAGCUUGUCUGAGAGCAAGACGUCGGUGUCAGCGACGUGGCUGGUUUUCCCUUUGUAAUCCGUGAUUGUCUGGAGACCCUGCCACUUACGUCUCUUCAGUCAGUGUAGAUUAAUGGGAGGAGACAGCUUAAAGAAGGAUUUUUAAGCCUUGAGACAAUUGAGACAUGGAUUGUUUAUCAAGAAUAGUCCACCACCCAAAAGACAUCCAGCCAACUUGACACAACUGUGGGAAGCACUGGCGUCAACAUUUCCUUGUAGAGUCGAUGUCCCGACAAAUUGAGGCUGUUCUGAGGGCCAAAGGGGGUGCAACUCAAUAAUAGGAAGGUGUUCCUAAUGUUUGGUAAACUCAUUGUAUAUAUAUUAUAAAAAUACUGUGUAAGUCAAAGGGUUGUGAAUGUAUGGAACAACAGCAGUUAGGUUGCAAUAUGACCUUGGUACCCUAGUCUGUCACAUCCAUACGGGCCAGGCAGGAAGACUGUCCUUUCAGAUAGGAACCUAGUCUGUCACAUCCAUACGGGCCAGGCAGGAAGACUGUCCAUUCAGAUAGUAUCCUAGUCUGUCACAUUCAUACGGGCCAGGCAGGAAGACUGUCCAUUCAUAUAGGAUCCUAGUCUGUCACAUCCAUACGGGCCAGGCAGGAAGACUGUCCAUUCAGAUAGUAUCCUAGUCUGUCACAUUCAUACGGGCCAGGCAGGAAGACUGUCCAUCCAGGCAGGAAGACUGUCCAUCCAGGCAGGAAGACUGUCCAUCCAGGCAGGAAGGCUGAGAAACUGCUGUAACGUUUCAACGUGAUAGUAAUGUUCAGUAGUAGGCGCAUGAUGAGACCCAGCUUCCUGUGUAUUCCUGAGAAGAGAAGGAAACUUAUUUAGAAUGCUGUUGUUGCUCAAAAGUAGGAGGUUACAUACAGUAUACAUGUGCAGUUCACUGUUAGCUGAUCUUUUGUGUUGAAUGGUUCUGUUGAUGUUGUUGUUGUGUAUGUUUUCAGGAGAGAAGGAGAGGGUGUGCGUGUGUUCUGGGACCGGCUAAGGGAACCCUCGUUCUCGUCUAGAUGGAACCCGUUCGCUACAGACUACCCAUUCAGCACCUUUACCUAUCACCCUGUCAGGAACAUAGACCACAGGUUCACUGCUCUCUGUGAGGUGAGUUUUGUGAUGUGUACCAUCCUACCAUCCUACCAUCCUACCACCCUACCAUCCUACCACCCUACCAUUCUACCAUCCUACCACCCUACCAUCCUACCAUCCUACCACCCUACCACCCUACCACCCUACCAUUCUACCAUCCUACCACCCUACCAUCCUACCAUCCUACCACCCUACGCCCUACCACCCUACGCCCUACCACCCUACCAACUGACCAUCCUACCGCCCUACCAUCCUACCACCCUACGCCCUACCACCCUACCAUCCUACCAUCCUACCACCCUACCAUCCUACCGCCCUACCAUCCUACCACCCUACCAUCCUACCACCCUACCACCCUACCAUCCUACCACCCUACGCCCUACCAUCCUACCAUCCUACACCCUACCAUCCUACCACCCUACUAUCCUACCACCCUAAGCCCUACCAUCCUACCACCCUACCAUCCUACCACCCUACCACCCUACCACCCGACCAUCCUACCACCCUACCAUCCCCUCCAGGCCCACCUCUCUUUGAAGGGGCCCCUCCAGGCCCACCUCUCUUCCAGGGGCCCCUCCAGGCCCUACCAUCCUACCACCCUACCACCCUACACCUACCACCCUACCACCCUACACCUACCACCCUACACUAGGGUAGAGAGGGGUAUAUCUCUGUUGUAGGGUAGAUGUACACUACCGUUCAAAAGUUUGGGGUCACUUAGAAAUGUCCUUGUUUUCUAAAGAAAAGCAAUUUUUUUGUCUAUUAAAAUAACAUCAAAUCAGAAAUACAGUGUAGACAUUGUUAAUGUUGUAAAUGGGCUAUUGUAGCUGGAAACAGCAGAUUUUUAAUGGAAUAUCUACAUAGGCGUACAGAGGCCCAUCAUCAGCAACCAUCAGUCCUGUGUUCCAAUGGCACGUUGUGUUUGCUAAUCCAAGUUUAUCAUUUUAAAAGGCUAAUUGAUCAUUAGAAAACCCUUUCGCAAUUAUGUUAGCACAGCUGAAAACUAUUGGGCUGAUUAAAGAAGCAAUAAAACGGGCCUUCUUGAGACUAAUUGAGUAUCUGGAGCAUCAAACUUUCUUUUGAAACUCGUCAGUCUAUUCUUGUUGCGAGAAAUUCCCUAUUCCCAAGAAACUGAAGAUCUCGUACAACGCUGUGUACUACUCCCUUCACAGAACAGCGCAAACUGGCUCUAACCAGAAUAGAAAGAGGAGUGCGAGGCCCCGGUGCACAACUGAGGAAGAGGACAAGUACAUUAGUGUCUAGUUUGAGAAACAGACGCCUCACAGGUCCUUAACUGGCAGCUUCAUUAAAUAGUACCCGCAAAACCAGUCACAACAUCAUUUUUACAUUUCAGUCAUUUAGCAGAUGCUCUUAUCCAGAGCGACUUACAGGAGUAAUUAGGGUUAAGGACCUUGCUCAAGGGCACAACGACAGAUUUUUCACCUAGUCGGCUCGGGGAUUAGAACCAGCAACCUUUCGGUUACUGGCACAACGCUCUUAACCACUAAGCCACCUGCCGCCCCAACAGUGAAGAGGUGACUCCGGGAUGCUGACCUAGGCAGAGUUGCAAAGAAUGGGCCCCUCCAGGCCAACCUCUCUUCCAAUGCCCACCUCUCUUCCAGGGGCCCCUCCAGGCCCACCUCUCUUCCAAGGGACCCCUAUAGGCCUACCUCUCUUCCAGGGGCCCCUCUAGGCCCACCUCUCUUCCAGGGGCCCUCCAGGCCAACCUCUCUUCCAAGGCCCUCCUCUCUUCCAAAGGGCCCCUCCAGGCCCACCUGUCUUCCAAGGGCCCCUCCAGACCCACCUCUCUUCCAGGGGCCCCUCCAGGCCCACCUCUCUUCCAAGGGGCCCCUCCAGGCCCACCUCUCUUCCAAGGGGCCCCUCCAGGCCCACCUCACUUUGAAGGGGCCCCUCCAGGCCCACCUCUCAUCCAAGGGCCCCUCCAGGCCCACCUCUCAUCCAAGGGCCCCUCCAGGCCCACUUAUCUUACAGGGGACCCUCCAGGCCCACCUCUCUUCCAGGGGCCCCUCCAGGCCCACCUCUCGUUGAACCUGGCUGGACCCCUGGCCCAUAGUUCAGUCACAGGCUGCAUCCCAAAUGGCAACCUGUUCCCUAUUUAGUGCACUACUUUAGACCAGCACUAUAAAGAGAAAAGGGUGCCAUUUGGGCUGUGGCCACAGUGCAGGUGAGGAAUCUGAUGUAGGUGUCCUCCCAGAUCAUGUAACCAGUCAUUAGGGUUGUCUAAUCUAACGUGGCCUGGGUCCCUCCUUCUCUCCCUCCCUCCUUCCUCCAGACAUGGUAGAGUCUGUCCUCCUUCUCUCCCUCCCUCCUUCCUCCAGACAUGGUAGAGUCUUCCCUCCUUCUCUCCCUCCCUCCCUUUCUCAAACGACAACACACACCCUAAUGUAUGCCGGCCUCUCUCCCUCAUCUCUUCCUCCCUCUCUCCCUCCCUCUUCCUCUCUCUCUCUCCCUCCCUCUUACUCUCUCUCUCCCUCCUCUCUCUCUCCUCCCUCCCUCUUCCUCUCUCUCUUCCUCUUCCUCUCUCUCCCUCUCUUCCUCUCUCUCUCCCUAUCUUCCUCUCUCUCUCCCUCCCUCCCUCUCUUCCUCUCUCCCUCUCUUCAUCUCCCUCUCCAUCCUCUCUCUCCUCUCUCCCUCAUCCCUCUCUCUACUCUCUUCCUCCCUCUCUUCCUCUCUCUCCCUCCUCUCUCCCUCCCUCUCUCCCUCCCUCUUCCUCUCUCUCUCCCUCCUCUCUCCCUCCCUCUUCCUCUCUCUCUCCCUCCUCUCUUCCUCCCUCUCUCUUCUUCUCCCUCUCUCUCCCUCCCUCUUCCUCCCUCUCUCACUCCCACUCUUCCGCUAUCUCUCGCUCCUUCCCUUUCUCAGAUCCAGUGCUUCCGUGAGCAGCUGACGGAGGCAGCCCAGAAGGCCCACCUAAAGAAUCCUGUCCCUGGGAAGGCCAACGGGGUCCUGGUGCUGAACCAGCCUCUGCUCAUCGAUGCCUACGUGGGUCUCAUGUCCUUUAUUGGCAACCAGAACAAACUGGGGUACUGCCUGGCACGGGGAAACAUUGGGUUUUAAACUAGGAUUUGGCUAUGUGCUAUGUGCUUUUGAACGUACAUUACUACUUGAUUACUUAAUCAUAGUUUACAGUUGUGGCCGAGUUAAAGAUUUGCAGUAAUAUUGUAUAUUUUUUGUAUACAUCGGGUUUUAAACAUUUUUAAAUGUACAUUUGUACUUGAUUAGUUUUUGUUUUUGAAUGCUUUGUUCACAUUUUUUUUGUCCUAUUUACAGAUUUGAAGUAGUAUUGUGUAUUUUCUAUUUAAUAGUUCACAACCUGGAAGGAAUAGUUUUUACCCUAAUUUCAAAUGUGGUUUAGAGGUUAUUUGUUGGUUUGUUUUCUAACUUGCCAUGUUCAACUACCGUCAGUCUGAAAUUGAAACGUAUGUAGUUCUCCAUCAUUUGGAUUACCCUAAGCGCUAAGGAAUAGUCUACUGUAAUUUCAUACACAAUUACCAUGCCAAAUUGUUCCUGCCAUCACAGAGUUAAUAAAGUUUUCACAUUACCCUCCGUGACUCUCAUGUACAGCUCUGAUUUACCAUUCUCUAACUGAAUUACUUAACUUGAUGUACAAACAGACAGAAACAUCCACAUUUCACCAGGUCCUUUCACUGGAUGAUUGAUCCCGUUCUUCCAGGAGCUUUACCUCUAUAAUCAUUCACCAGUCUUUUCAACGGGAGCUUCUCCCUCUACGGUCAUUGGCUGUGUCCCAAAUGGCACCCUAUUCCCUAUGUAGUGCACUACUUUUCACAGAGAGAGAGAGAGAGAGAGAGAGAGAGAGAGAGACUAUAUGUACACAAGGUAGGGCCCCCCAGCUACAUUCAGCCGGUGGCUGAUUUUUCCUUGAGUGGACGGUCGGGGGGGCGGAAUUAAUUAUUUCUACACUGCAAUAAUCCCAAACAGAUAUAGUAUUUCAAAAAACAGAAUCAAUUCAAACCUUCAUAACAUUGGGAUGCGAUGACAUAUGCCUAUCUAUUUAUAAGUGGAAUUCUUGGAAACAGAUUUCCUAAAUAAAAAAAAUCCUGGUGAAUUUAGUCUUUUAUGUCCACUGCAUUCCACAGUAAGAACAUCAUACCAAAGGUCAAGCGUGGUGAUGGUUUGGGGAUGCUUUGCUGCCUCAGGACCUGGACGACUUGCCUUAAUAGAAGGAACCAUGAAUUCUGCUCUGUAUUAGAGAAUUCUACAGGAGAAUGUCAGACCAUCCGUCUGUGAGCUGAAGCUGAAGCGCAGCUGGGUCAUGCAGCAAGACAAUGAUCCAAAACACACAAUCAAAUCUACAUGAAAAUUGCUAAAAAGCAACACAUUUGUAGUUUUGGAAUGGCCUAGUCAAAGUCCAGACCUAAUCCCAAUUGAGAUGUUGUGGCAGGACUUGAAUCGAGCAGUUAAUGCUUGAAAACCCACACGUCACUGAGUUAAAGCAGUUCUGCAUGGAAGAGUGGGCCAAAAUUCCUCCACAGCGACAAGAGAGACUGAUCAACAACAUAGCUCUGGUCUCACUGAUGUUAUGUACGACAACAUAGCUCUGGUCUCACUGAUGUUAUGUACAACAACAUAGCUCUGGUCUCACUGAUGUUAUGUACAACAACAUAGCUCUGGUCUCGCUGAUGUUAUGUACAACAACAUAGCUCUGGUCUCGCUGAUGUUAUGUACAACAACAUAGCUCUGGUCUCACUGAUGUUAUGUACAACAACAUAGCUCUGGUCUCGCUGAUGUUAUGUACGACAACAUAGCUCUGGUCUCACUGAUGUUAUGUACAACAACAUAGCUCUGGUCUCGCUGAUGUUAUGUACAACAACAUAGCUCUGGUCUCGCUGAUGUUAUGUACGACAACAUAGCUCUGGUCUCACUGAUGUUAUGUACAACAACAUAGCUCUGGUCUCACUGAUGUCAUGUACAACAACAUAGCUCUGGUCUCGCUGAUGUCAUGUACGACAACAUAGCUCUGGUCUCACUGAUGUUAUGUACAACAACAUAGCUCUGGUCUCGCUGAUGUUAUGUACGACAACAUAGCUCUGGUCUCACUGAUGUUAUGUACAACAACAUAGCUCUGGUCUCGCUGAUGUUAUGUACAACAACAUAGCUCUGGUCUCGCUGAUGUUAUGUACGACAACAUAGCUCUGGUCUCACUGAUGUUAUGUACAACAACAUAGCUCUGGUCUCACUGAUGUUAUGUACGACAACAUAGCUCUGGUCUCACUGAUGUUAUGUACAACAACAUAGCUCUGGUCUCACUGAUGUUAUGUACAACAACAUAGCUCUGGUCUCGCUGAUGUUAUGUACGACAACAUAGCUCUGGUCUCACUGAUGUUAUGUACAACAACAUAGCUCUGGUCUCACUGAUGUUAUGUACAACAACAUAGCUCUGGUCUCGCUGAUGUCAUGUACAACAACAUAGCUCUGGUCUCACUGAUGUUAUGUACAACAACAUAGCUCUGGUCUCACUGAUGUUAUGUAUGACAACAUAGCUCUGGUCUCACUGAUGUUAUGUAUGACAACAUAGCUCUGGUCUCGCUGGUGUUAUGUUCUCACUAAAAUGUGUUAAGCCUCCUGAUGGUCAGACAAAUAACACAAUGGCUGUGUCAUCCUGGCUGUCACUUUAUACCCACUUCUUUACUGGGAAGAAUAACAACCAUAUUAUUAUUAUUAUUAUUAUUAUUACAUGCCUAAAACGUGUUUUGGUUCCCCAUAUUUGGUUUCGUAUUGAAGAGCCUACUGCCAUCCCAAUUAUAUCAUUAAAGUUUUUUAAGGUGAAUUGUUAUUCCAGAUUUAAGAUACUGAAUCAUUCACAAGUUGCAGAGCAACGGAAACAGUAAUGAGAAAUGUGCUGUCCUCACACUGACAAGAUGUAUUGUAUUUUUAAAGAGCCUUGCAUCACCUACAGUGUAGUCUUCUCUCCAGACUGACAAGGUAAUAAACCGGAUGUCCAACAGUGAAACUGAUAUCCUAUACAACUCAAACCAUAGCCUUUAGGCCUACAAUGGGCGAGAAGGUCCAUUUGAAUUGGCAUCAGUUAAAGCUGAUGUGGCACCCUCCUCUCCUAUUAAGCAGCCAGUGUCCGAGCAGCAAAGGGAAGCUGUUAUUCUAACAGGUAAAGUAUAUGUUUUAGUUGUAACCUAUAGGAUCGUGUAUCAUAACCGUAGGGCUGGAAAGGUUAACAUAUAUCCUCUUUAAGUUGAGGAUGUGUCUCUAAUCCAGGAUCAAGCAGCGUUCUGCCCCGGAGGCAAGGCACCAGCCUCACCCCCCCCCCCCCCCCCAACACACACACACACAAACACAAACACAGACACGUUUGUUUUACUGUCCUUGUGGGUCUCAAACAAUUACCAUUCAAAAUCCUAUUUUCCAUAACCCCUAAACCUAACCCUUAACCUAACCCUAACCUUAACCCUAACCCCUAACCCUAACCUUAACCCCUAACCCUAAUUCGAGCCCCAAUUGUAGCCCUAACCCUAAACCUAACCGCUAGGCCUAAAAUAAAAAAAUUAUUGUGGGGACCGGCGAAAUGUCCCCACUUGUCCAAAUGUUCUUUGUUUUACUAUCCUUGUGAGGACUUCUGGUCCCGAAAAGGAUCUUAAAACCCCAACAACAACAAAACACACACACACACACACACACACAAACAAAAGUUGUAAAUGACCUGGAUCAGCUGCCAAAUAAAAGAGAUCAGAGCACAUAAAGUACUCCAGAGGGUUUCACAACUACACCGACUUCCUGUUUUAUACUGUUGUUUCGCUUAGAGCAACAUUCAAAUAACAUGUCAUCCAGAUCUCUGCACUGCGGUUGAUAAUUGCUUGAGAUGUCCGUCCAUUGAAUCGUGUUUGUUUAUUACAGGACACAUAGCUCAAGUUUAGAAGGCUAUAGUCCGUCUUACAUACCUGAACAGCUGUUUACAUACCUGGAUGACUGUUUACAUACCUGAACAGCUGUUUACAUACCUGGAUGACUGUUUACAUACCUGGAUGACUGUUUACAUACCUGGAUGACUGUUUACAUACCUGAACAGCUGUUUACAUACCUGGAUGACUGUUUACAUACCUGGAUGACUGUUUACAUACCUGGAUGACUGAUUACAUACCUGGAUGACUGUUUGGUGAUGGGUUAUUGACUCUGUCAUCAUCUUCAGCUAUAAUAAAGUUAGAUAAAAAGUAUCUCUGAUGUAUUUUUCAUGUGUUGGUUUCCUGGGAGACCGUAAUUACCUGUUUCAUUCAUCAUGUUGUGAAGGUGUGAUUUUAUGGCCCUGAAAUUACCCCACACCUAACCCUAACCCUAACCCUAACCCUGACCCUGACCCUAACCCUAACCAUGACCCUAACCCUAACCCUAACCCUAACCCUGACCCUGACCCUAACCCUAACCCUAACCCUAACCCUAACCCUGACCCUGACCCUGACCCUAACCCUAACCCUAACCCUAACCCUAACCCCCUAACCCUAACCCUAACCUUAACCCAUGGACCUUUGGUACAGAACGUUUAGAAUACUCAGUGACUUCUAGCACUGUGGUGUAGAGUUCUGUUGUUGAUUUCAAAUCAUGAACAAAGUAGUUCUCAACCCUUGAGGUGUAAGCUUCCAAUUUCUAUUAAGUGCAAAAAGGGCAGGAAUGGACAAAGGGAAAUUUUUGGAAAAGGAAAUUUAAUGGUUUUAAAAAGCCCCUUUUCUCCCCCCCUUUCACCUCCUCUUUUUUUCCUUUUUUUUCCCAACCCUUCUUUUUCCUUUGCUUUUUCCCCCCCUUUUUCCCCCCCUCCCACCCCCCACCUUUUUUCCCCCCCCCGCCCCCCCCCCCCUUCCUUUUCCCUCCCCCCCUUCUCCCCUCUCUAUCCUCUCCUUCUUUUUUCCUCUCUCUUUUCUUCUACCCUUUUCUCUUUUUUUUCUUCUCUUUCCCCCCUUUUUUUUUCUCUCUCGUUUCCCCCGUCUUCUUUCUUGCUCUUCUCUUUACUCUUCUCUUUUUCUCCCCCUUUCUCUCUUUUUUUUUCUCUCGUUCUCUUCUUCCUCUCUUUCUCUCUGUCUCUCCUCUCUCUCUCCCUCUUCUCUCUCCCUCUCUUUUUUCUUUUCUUCCUCUCUCUCCACUCUCCUUCUCUUUCUCUCUCGCUCUCUCUCUCUCCUGUUUUCAUAAUAAACAACUAAGUGUUUUUGUAAAGCCGUCUUUGAGUCUUUUUGACGAUAUGUGAUUCGCUCCAAGCCAAGAUAUAAAUGAUUUUUAGCGACAUAAAAACAACAACAUUAAAACAAAAACUAAUGGGAGCGUCCUUAGAUGUCCGUCUUAUUGCAUUAGAAGUAUUAAUGUUGGAAUAGUAACUGAUCACAUCAUAUCAUCAUGGAACCAGAACAUCAGGUUUUAUGUGUAAUUAAACAGUAAUCUCAGGGGAAAAUUACCAUUACGUCUCUCCUCAUCUUACAAGAUUUAUGAAUAUGUGAAACAAAAGAUUUGAAAAAUGUUCGCGAAAAUACUAAAAGUCAAGUGAUUUAGCAUGGUGUUGUAGAACGUCUGCAUGGGCGAUGUGCAGAGCAGAGAGAUGAAUCACCUGAGAGGCGUUCUAAUCAGCGUUCCAUUCUGGGAAGGUAAACCAGCGCCUCGGGGAGAGAAUAUGGGCUGAACUUCACUCCAGUUCUACUUACUAAAAUAACAUCUAACUGAUCAACUGGCAGCUUGUUUCUCCUAGUCCUGACACUAGUCAGAGAUUGAUUAGCCCAUCCAACUACCUCAUCCCCAUAUUGUUAUUUAUUUUGCUCAUUUGCACCCCAGUAUCUCUAUUUGCACAUCAUCUUCCGCACAUCUAUCAUUCCAGUGUUAAUACUAAAUUGUAAUUAUUUUGCACUAUGGCCUAUUUAUUGCCUUACCUCCAUAACUUACUACAUUUGCACACACUGUAUAUAUAUUUUCUGUUGUAUUUUUGACUUUAUGUUUUGUUUUACCCCAUAUGUAACUCUGUGUUGUUGUUGUUUUUAUCGCACUGCUUUGCUUUAUCUUGGCCAGGUCGCAGUUGUAAAUGAGAACUUGUUCUCAACUGGUUUACCUGGUUAAAUAAAGGUGCACACGGCACACAGCAGACGGAAAAUUACAUUUGUGGACGAAGCCAUAGGGAGUAAGGCCCGGAUUCAAUCCGAUCGCGCUUGGUCAGCUAUGCACCUUUUAAAGGCAAGGUUCCCGCGUUUUCGGCUCAAUCGAAAAUUACCUUUAAAUGGUGCAUAGCCGACAGAGUGCAAUCGGAUCGAGUCCUGGCCUAAUUGUACAAAGUGUUGUUUAAGGCAGCGCAUCUGUGAAUAUGACUCUACUGAGAAUCAGUGGCCCGAUACUCAAAUGACCUCUUUUUCUCUGUUGUAGAGUUUCAUUCUGAAUUUAUGUGAUAUCUGAAACACCCAUUCAGUACGGUAGAGCCCAAGUACUUCCACACCUUUUGUUUUGUAAAUGAGGAAACCACAAAUCUGAGAAGAGGAACAGCGAAGUGAGGAGGAUCCUGCUCACUGUGGUCCUCUGUAGCUCAAUUGGUAGAGCAUGGCGCUUCUAACGCUUCUACUUCCUUGUUAUUGGACUGUGGGGAAUAGGGUGCCCCUUUGGGACGCACACCUUGUCAGUCCCAAGUAGUUGGAUGGUUGGACUGACCUGAAACAAGAUUCCUGAAGUGGAAUGUGAUUGGCUGUAAGUGAUGGGGCUUAAAGAAGCUCUCCAGAAAUGCCCAUGAGACCCCGGCUGACCCCUCCAGGCUGCGUCCCAAACAACAUUUUAUUUGUCACGUUCUUUGUAAACAACAGGUGUAGACUAACAGUGAAAUGCUUACUUACGGACGAGUAAAUGCUUACUCACCCUAUGGGCCCUGGUCAAAAGUAGUGCACUAUAUAGUGAAUAGGGUGCCAUUUGGGAUGCUUGACACCCCGAGCUGGACUGCCUGGGAUCAGUGGGAUGCUCGGGGCGUCAGAGUAACAUUAGACUGGGAUCAGUGGGAUGCUCGGGGCGUCAGAGUAACAUUAGAGGCAUUCUGGGAGACACUAGAUCCUGCUCUGCUCUCCCUCCCUGGAACACCUAGUCAGAGCUCCAAGCUUCUAGAUCAGGGAGGGGAAACUGGCGGAAACUUCCACAAACAAAAACAAACAAUCAUUUGGUGAGGGAAUUCAGUCGGGUUCUCAACUUCCUGUUGAGAGUUAGAAUAGUAGAAUACACAAGGUGCAAUUUCUAAAUGUGGUUGUGCAUCAGCAGUUAUUCUCUUGUUACGUCAGUCACUGACAGUCACUCAAUUAGCCAUGCCAGCUAACAUUUUUUAGAUUGGUAAGCUAGUCUAGCCGCCAGCUAUUUAAAUGUGUAGUAAUCAUGGCUGAAUUACCGACCGGCGGGCCCCAAUUGAUUUUGUUAUUAAAAACUGCAAACAUUUCUCUCCACCCUGUGGCAAAAUUAGUAGAAUUGCAUGACAUUUUUUAUAAAAUUGCAACAUUUGCUCUACGCCCCAUUUUCAGGGUCAUGGAAUCUACAGCCUCCAUGUUAAUUUCUCUGCAGUCCGUCUCCAUGCGUGGCCUAUGUGUUCGGUAAACAUGCUGCACCUGUCCAUGGAAUGAAUGCUGGUUGCCAACCAACAAUGGAAUGCUGGUUGCCAACCAACAAUGGAAUGCUGGUUGCUAACCAACAAGACUAAAUGCUGUGACCAUCUCCCUGGCCUCUCUCUCUCUUUUUUCCAUGUGUGUUUGUGAGUGCAAGUUUAAGUGGUUUCGUGUGUGUGUAUGCAUGCAUUCAUAACAACGUGUUCAUAGGGAUGUGUGUGGGCCAGAAGAUAUACAAGAUAUCUGUCUAGCUGGCUCUCAGGCGAGGGUGAUAGAGAUUCUCCCCUCCCAUCCUCUCCAGGCAGCUGUCAGUGUUGUGUCUGGAGCAGCAUGUUGAUCUGAACUUGAUCUGAGGGAAACGCUUGGGUUGCAUCCCAAAUGGGACCCUAUUCCCUAUAAACUGUAUAUAGUGCCAUACUUUUGGUCGAAAUCGCACGAUGAAAGGAUAAGGUCUAGCCACCUGCCGGUUCCAAGUGGAACAAUAAUAAUAUCCCAUUUAGCAGACGCUUUUAUCCGAAGCGACUUACAGUCAUGUGCGCAUACAUUUUUACGUAUGGGUGGUCCCGGGGAUCGAACCCACUACCCUGGCGUUACAAGCGCCAUGCUCUACCAAUUGAGCUGCAGAGGACCACAUGUACUUUAUUUUUCUGAUAGACAUAACACCAUUCUCCAUGCGCUGUAAUGUACUAAUUGAUAAGUGGAUGAGCUAUUGAUAAGAGCUAUUGAUAAGAGCUAUUGAUAAGAGCUAUUGAUAAGAGCUGGGUAAAUGAGUAAGGCAUUUGGAUAAGGGGAUUGUAAAUAUAAAUGACAAUUGUUUUACCUUAUGAUCGCUGGAGACAAAUGUGAAACCAGUCAUAUGGCAGCAAACUGAAGCAUCAACAUGUCACAUUUUCCACAGUGAAGUUUAUGAAAUGCUGGCAUUAUAACUUGGGAUGAAAUGUGGAGACCCAAGCAAUAGGCUUCUGUAGCCAUGCACAAAUGACAGUAGAGCGCCAAACCUACCGAGUUGAUUUAUGAUUUCUAGAACGUUUUAAUUAUAUGCCCAGACAUUUCACUAUUUGUUUUGACAAUUUAUAUAUUGUUAAAUAUUAGCCACUAUCAGUAGCCACCAUCAGUUAUACUCACAUACAUUUAUAACGGUCACUGACUUUAGCGUUAGUUUCCUUACGUUGCAUUAUUAUUACAUCAUUAGUUUACAUUUCUUUCUUAUUUUACGUUCGUGUGAUUGUUCCUGAGGAUCGCUAGCAAUAGUGGAUCAUAUUAGGCUAACGUAUUACAAGUUGUGCAAUAAUUUGGGACAUGUAGCCUAUUUGAAUCAUUAUGGAACACAGACCAUACGUAGAAGUUUAAACCUGGAGCCUGGUGCCCGGUUCAAGAUGACUGGACCGUUGUCAUCACAGUUCCAUGAUUAGUGAGGAUUGUUAGGGUAGAUUUAUAGGACAACUUCUCAACCGCUAUUGUACACUUUUCUCACCCUUCCAAUAUUUCAUGGAUUGAACAUGGCAACUUUCAGGAUGAAUCAAACCACUGUAUCUUUCAUCCACCAAUAUAUUUCAUUUUUGCAGACGCCCUUAUUACAGGAGAAAUUAGGGUUAAGUGACUUGCUCAAGAGUUUUCACCUAGCCAGGUUGGGGAUUCAAACCAGCGACGUUUUGGUUACUGGCCCAACACCCUUAACCGCUAGGCUACCUGCCGCCCAAACCAGUUUUUUUAUUAAUAUUCAUAAAUACUUUCCUAACCCUAAAUAAUAUAGAAGAUCAGGGUAUUUUUUUUAAAUCUACCAACUGGAGCUGAAAAGGAGAUGAAUAUGUAAGUAUUUAGGCAUACAUGGCUUUCUGUCAUUGGGGAAGGGAUGCCUAGUCAGUUGCACAUCUGAAUGCAUUCAACUGAAAUGUGUAUUCUGCAUUUAACCCAACCCCUCUGAAUCGACAUCCACAGCGCCCAGGGAGCAGUUGUUGUUGGGGAUUAACGGCCUUGCUCAAGGGCAGAAUGGCAGAUUUAUUCACCUUGCCAGCUCGGGGAUUUGAACCAUCCACUUUUCAGUUACUGGCCCAACGCUCUUAACCGCUAGGGUACCUGCCGCCCCCAGGAGUAAGCAGAACUUCUAGAGCUGCCGGCUCCUUGAAAUAGAACCGUUCUCUCCAUAUAUUCUAGUCAGUCUGUUGAUAAAAUUCAAACUAAAGGUACACCAAAUCUAAAGGUGUGAUAUAGACGUGGCGCUGCUAGGGGGGAGGGGUGUGUCUCUUUGUUAACAGCAGGUGGCUAAAUGCCUUCUAUACUCGUUUCGAGGCAAGCAACAAUGAACCAUGCUUGAAGGCACCAGCUGUUCCGGAUGAAUGUGUGAGUAAAAAACCUUUAAACAGGUCAACAUUCACAAGGCCGCAGGGCCAGAUGGAUUACCGGGACGUGUACUCAGAGCAUGUAAUAAAAUCUUUAAACAGGUCAACAUUCACAAGGCCGCAGGGCCAGAUGGAUUACCGGGACGUGUACUCAGAGCAUGUAAUAAAAUCUUUAAACAGGUCAACAUUCACAAGGCCGCAGGGCCAGAUGGAUUACCGGGACGUGUACUCAGAGCAUGUAAUAAAAUCUUUAAACAGGUCAACAUUCACAAGGCCGCAGGGCCAGAUGGAUUACCGGGACGUGUACUCAGAGCAUGUAAUAAAAUCUUUUAAACAGGUCAACAUUCACAAGGCCGCAGGGCCAGAUGGAUUACCGGGACGUGUACUCAGAGCAUGUAAUAAAAUCUUUAAACAGGUCAACAUUCACAAGGCCGCAGGGCCAGAUGGAUUACCGGGACGUGUACUCAGAGCAUGUAAUAAAAUCUUUAAACAGGUCAACAUUCACAAGGCCGCAGGGCCAGAUGGAUUACCAGGAUGUGUACUCAGAGCAUGUAAUAAAAUCUUUAAACAGGUCAACAUUCACAAGGCCGCAGGCCCAGAUGGAUUACCAGGAUGUGUACUCAGAGCAUGCAGUGACCAGCUGGCAAGUGUUUUCAGUGACAUUUUCAACCUCUCCCUGACCCUGUCUGUAAUAUUUACGUUUCAAGCAGACCACCAUAGUCCCUGUGCCCAAGAACGCCAAGGUAACCUGUCUAAAUGACUAUCAUUCCCGUAGCACACACAUCUGUAGCCAUAAAAUUUCUUUUAAAGACUGGUCAUGGUUACCAACCCUAUUAUCCCAGACACCCUGGACCCACUCCAAUUCCCAUACUGCCCCAACAGAUCCACAGAUGACGCAAUCUCUAUUGCACUCCACACUGCCCUUUCCCACCUGGACAAAAGGAACACCUAUGUGAGAAUCCUGUUCAUUGACUACAGCUCAGCGUUCAACACCGUAGUGCCCACCAAGCUUAUCACUAACUCAGGACCCUGGGAUUGAACACCUCCCUCUGCAACUGGAUCCUGGACUUCCUGACGGGCCGCCCCCAGGUGGUAAGGGUAGGCAACAACACAUCUGCCACGCUGAACUUUAACACGGGGGCCCCUCAGGGGUGCGUGCUUAGUCCCCUCCUGUACUCCCUGGUUCACCCACGACUGCGUGGCCAAGCACGACUCCAACACCAUUGUUAAAUUUGCUGACAACACGACAGUGGUACGCCUGAUCACCAACGGCGAUGAGACAGCCUAUAGGGAGGAGGUCAGUGACCUGUCAGUGUGGAGCCAUGACAAAAACCUUUCCCUCACACACACCAACACGUGAAGAAGGCACGACAAUGUCCUCUUCCGCCUCAGGAGGCAAGCGGCAAGCGGUACCGAUGCACCAAGUCUGGAACCAACAGCACCCUGAACAGCUUCUACUCCCAAGCCAUAAGACUGCUAAAUAGUUAACCAAAUAGCUACCCGGACUAUCUGCAUUGACCACCCUUUGCACAAAUUGUUUUGACUCAUCACAUACGCUGCUGCUAUUGCGGCUUAUUAUCUAUUUCGGCUUAUUAUCUAUUGCUGCUUAUUAUCUAUUGCUGCUUAUUAUCUAUUGCUGCUUAUUAUCUAAUGCUGCUUGUUAUCUAUUGCUGCUUGUUAUCUAUUGCUGCUUAUUAUCUAUUGCUGCUUAUUAUCUAUCCUGUUGUCUAGUCACUUUAGCUCAUAUGUACAUAAUUACCACGAGAAUCUGAGGGAGGAUUUUCAGCAGUUAAAUUACAUUUAUUCAGUGCGCACAAGAGAACCACACCUGCAAAGCCCGCACCUAUAUUAGUUAAGUCUGAACACCAACUACUGAGAAGUGCAUAGGAAAGGUGUGAGUAGGGAAGGUGUGCGUAGGAAAGGUGUGCUUUUCCUAAGUCUGAAUCAUGCCCUAUGUGAGGAAUAAGGUGCCAUUAGGGACAUGGCCAAGGAGAACCAUCAACCUCUCCAGUCCUCUCCAACCUCUCCAACCUCUACAGUCCUCUCCAGUCCUCUCCAACCUCUCCAACCUCUCCAGUCCUCUCCAACCUCUCCAACCUCUACAGUCCUCUACACUCCUCUCCAACCUCUCCAACCUCUACAGUCCUCUCCAGUGCUCUCCAACCUCUCCAACCUCUACAGUCCUCUCCAGUCCUCUCCAACCUCUCCAACCUCUACAGUCCUCUCCAGUCCUCACCAGUCCUCUCCAACCUCUACAGUCCUCUCCAGUCCUCUCCAACCUCUCCAACCUCUACAGUCCUCAACACUCCUCUCCAACCUCUCCAGUCCUCUCCAACCUCUCCAACCUCUCCAACCUCUGCAUUCCUCUCCAACCUCUCCAACCUCUACAGUCCUCUCCAGUCCUCUCCAACCUCUACAGUCCUCUCCAACCUCUCCAACCUCUACAGUCCUCUCCAGUCCUCACCAGUCCUCUCCAACCUCUCCAGUCCUCUCCAACCUCUACAGUCCUUUCCAACCUCUCCAGUCCUCUCCAACCUCUCCAACCUCUCCAACCUCUACAGUCCUCUCUAACCUCUCCAACCUCUCCAACCUCUCCAAACUCUACAAUCCUCUCCAACUUCUCCAACCUUUACAGUCUUCUCCAUCCUCUCCAACCUCUACAGUCCUCUCCAACCUCUACAGUCCUCUCCAACCUCUCCAGUCCUCUCCAACCUCUCCAACCUCUCCAGUCCUCUCCAACCUCUCCAACCUCUCCAGUCCUCUCCAACCUCUCCAACCUCUCCAGUCCUCUCCAACCUCUCCAACCUCAACAGUCCUCUCCAACCUCUCCAACCUCUCCAACCUCUCCAGUCCUCUCCAACCUCUCCAACCUCUCCAGUCCUCUCCAACCUCUCCAACCUCUCCAGUCCUUUCCAACCUCUCCAACCUCAACAGUCCUCUCCAACCUCUCCAACCUCUCCAUCCUCUGCAUUCCUCUCCAACCUCUCCAACCUCUACAGUCCUCUCCAACCUCUCCAACCUCUCCAGUCCUCUCCAACCUCUCCAACCUCUACAGUCCUCUCCAACCUCUCCAACCUCUCCAGUCCUCUCCAACCUAUCCAACCUCUCCAGUCCUCUCCAACCUCCAACCUCUCCAGUCCUCUCCAACCUCUAAAACCUCCUCCAGUCCUCUCCAAUCUCUCAAACUUCUCCAGUCCUCUCCAACCUGUAAAACUUCUCCAGUCCUCUCCAAUCUCUAAAACCUCCUCCAGUCCUCUCCAACUUCUCCAACCUCUCCAGUCCUCUACAACCUCUAAAACCACUCCAUUCCUCUCCAACCUCUCCAGUCCUCUCCAACCUCUCCAACCUUUCCAGUCCUCUCCAACCUUUCCAGUCAUCUCCAACCUCUCCAACCUUUCCAGUCCUCUCCAACCUCUCCAACCUCUCCAGGCAUCUCCAACCUCUAA